AUGUCGGGAUACCAAGGCGGCGGCGGUGGCUACGGCGGAGGAGGUCGAGGCGGCGGCGGAGGGUAUGGCAGCCGCGAUUCCUAUAGUCGCAACGACUACUCCAACUCAUCGUAUUCCAACGGAGGCGGAUAUGGCGGUGGCGGCGGCGGCGGAUACGGAGGCGGUGGAUAUGGCGGAAACACAAAUGGCUACUCUGGGGGCGGAGGAUAUGGUGGUGGCCAAGGAGGCGGAGAUCGAAUGUCUAACCUUGGUGCAGGUCUUCAAAAGCAAGCCUGGGGUAAAUCGCCGCAGUACCUUCAUGCGGAGAACAUGACUGACGGAUUCUUAGAUCUCAACACCAUGCCCAAGUUCGAGAAGUCCUUCUACAAGGAGGACCCGCAGGUCACAGCCCGCUCCGAGGCUGACGUCCAGAAGUUUAGAGCCUCCCACAACAUCGCAGUUCAAGGAUCUGACGUCCCCCGUCCCGUGGAGAACUUCGAUGAGGCUGGUUUCCCCGCGUAUGUCAUGAGCGAGGUCAAGGCCCAAGGCUUUCCAGCACCCACCGCUAUUCAAUCUCAGGGUUGGCCCAUGGCCCUCUCCGGACGUGACGUUGUCGGCAUUGCCGAGACUGGAUCGGGAAAGACUUUGACCUACUGUCUUCCAGCCAUCGUCCACAUCAACGCUCAACCACUGCUUGCUCCUGGUGACGGUCCUAUCGUCUUGGUCCUCGCCCCAACCCGCGAGUUGGCCGUCCAAAUUCAACAGGAAAUCACCAAGUUCGGAAAGUCAUCUCGCAUCCGCAACACCUGUGUCUACGGUGGUGUCCCUAAAGGAGGACAGAUCCGUGAUCUCGCCAAGGGAGUUGAGGUUUGCAUUGCUACCCCAGGCCGUCUCAUCGACAUGCUCGAGUCCGGAAAGACCAACCUCCGUCGCGUUACUUACCUCGUUCUCGACGAGGCUGAUCGUAUGUUGGAUAUGGGUUUCGAGCCUCAAAUCCGCAAGAUCCUUGGACAAAUUCGCCCUGACAGACAGACUUGCAUGUGGUCUGCUACAUGGCCAAAGGAGGUCCGAGCUCUUGCCUCCGACUACCUGAACAACUUCAUCCAGGUCAAUAUUGGCUCUAUGGAGCUCUCUGCUAACCACAGAAUUACCCAAAUCGUUGAGGUCGUUUCGGAGUUUGAGAAGCGUGACAAGAUGACCAAGCACCUGGAGAAGAUCAUGGAGGAUAAGGACAACAAGAUCUUGAUCUUCACUGGAACUAAGCGUGUUGCUGACGAUAUCACACGUUUCCUUAGACAGGACGGUUGGCCCGCGCUUUCUAUCCACGGAGACAAGCAACAAAACGAGCGUGAUUGGGUUUUGAACGAAUUCAAGACAGGCAAGAGUCCCAUCAUGGUUGCCACUGAUGUGGCUUCUCGUGGUAUCGAUGUCCGCAACAUUACUCAUGUGUUGAACUAUGACUACCCUAACAAUUCGGAGGAUUACAUCCAUCGUAUUGGCCGUACUGGUCGUGCCGGUGCAAAGGGAACUGCCAUUACCUUCUUCACCACUGACAACUCUAAGCAGGCUCGUGAUCUCGUUAACGUUCUCACCGAGGCCAAGCAACAGAUCGAUCCCCGUCUCGCCGAGAUGGCCCGGUAUGGAGGAGGAGGUGGUGGUGGCCGAUACGGAGGAGGUGGUGGAUACCGUGGAGGUCGUGGAGGUGGCGGUGGCCGUGGAGGUUUCACCUCUUCCAAUUCUGCCCCGCUUGGCGGUGGAAGGCGUUGGUAA